AUGAAGAGAAGACACUCUGGUUCAACGACUGGUGAAGAGACGCUCAGCAAGCGCGUCGACAGCCGAGCAGCAAAUCGUUCCGCAAAAAGAGACGGAAUAGCGCAAAGCAGUGAUGGGAACAGCAAGCAGACCAUCACUCAGUCCAACGAGGUCAAGGUCGAUAGUCCCAAGAUGGACGACGACGCCGGCGCAGAAAAGAAAUGGAAAGCAUGGUCCGCCCACGCGACAUCCACGCCAUACCCUGACUUCGGCCACCCCACAAACCGCGAGUGCCAACUAGCCUACGACAUCCUUCACAAACUGCACAACACCGCCGUCGAAGCCGAAUUCGAAGACACCAACACACCCGAGACAAUCCCGUUCGUCCUCGACGCCCUCAUCGUCGCCGUGCUCAGCCAAGCCACGAGCUGGAACAAUGCGAAACGCGCAAUGGACAGCAUGAAAGACACGUACGGCUCGGUGUUCGCCUACGAGGAGAUAUAUAAUGGGGGGUCUGAGAAACUACAAGAGACUAUUCGCUGCGGCGGCUUGCACAUCAGAAAGACCAAGAUCAUCAUGUCCAUCCUCGAGGAAGUGAAGCGUCGCUACGGACGCUGGAAUCUCGACCAUCUCCUUGAAGCCAGCGACGAAGAUGCUAUGAAGGAGCUCAUGAGCUACAAGUACGUAGGCCCAAAGUCUGCGUUCGUAGUCAUGGGCUGGUGCUUGAAGAGGAACAGGUUCACGGUUGACACGCAUGUGUAUCGCAUUGCUGGCUUAUGGGGAUGGAGACCGAAGGAGGCGAGUAGGGAGAACACGCAGUUGCAUUUGGAUGCGGUGAUUCCGCCGGAGCUGAAGUUUAAGUUACAUUUCUUUCUUAUUCAGCAUGGAAGGACUUGCCCUGCGUGCCGCGGUGGGAGUAAGGAUACGAAGGGGUGUGAGGUGCUCAAGGAGGUGAAGCAGGAACUGAAGAAGACGGAUUAA